CUCUUCUGAAAAUGUUGAUAAUUCUGACAAUAGAUUCUGAUAUAUCUGAAAGUGAAAAAGUGCUGAAGAUUCCAUUAUCAUUAGACAACCCUUAUGUACGGGUUAAUAGUCGAUUUUCGACGUUUGAAAAUAGCAGUUAUAAAAGACGACAACAUGAAAAAAAAUCAGCUACUUCAAAAUUGUGGAAUAAUGAAAAUAGAUGUAAAGAAAUGGACAUCCAAGUUGAAUACAAUAGUUGA